AUGUCUAGGCUGUUUUGUCUAGGUUGCUUCAUUACGUCGACUACAUGGUACGAGCACGGGAAACUGCAACCGGAUUGGAUCUUCGAAGAGAGUUUUAUAACGAAUGAUCACUGUGUGGCAGUUGGAAGGAUGCUGCCAUCGGGAAAAACAGCGUCGGAAAUGGAGCUGGCUCGCUCCCAGAAAAAUCCUUUUUCCAUCGUCACUCUUGAGCAUCUCCUGGAGGGCAGCAGUGUUGUGAAUCCAUUGGAAGACGAAGGGAUUGAGGAAUUCAAAACGUUCAAUGUGAAACCGAAGAAACCCUUCUAA